AUGGCUUACUUGAAGAUCACACACGAGUCCCUGGCACGGAUAGAUGUCGAGAUAAACGGAAUACCAGGCCACUUCUUCGACCGUACAAAUAACCUGUCGGUAUGGAGCAUCGUGGAGCUCUUUUUGACCGGAACACACCCUCCUAAUGUUUACAAAUUCACCAGUAAGCAGGACCUGUUUAAGAACCGUCAACUAUUGUUGUUUGUUGUACAAAUGUCAUGCUCUGUUACACCGAAAAUACAUUUGAUAUCAAAAUAUAGUAAACCAGCCGCCAAAAUAGUCAUGUCUACCUCUGUGUAUCAUUUGGGUACGAGUUCAUACAGUUAUUUGACCUCCAUGACCGAUGGAGUCACAAAAGAACAGCUGGGAGACUUUUUCAUAAAAUUUGUUGUUGUGGACAAAACGACAAGAAAAUCUUGUCCUAUGCCUACAUGGUUUACAGAUAAAUUCAGGAAUGUACCGUUACAUAAUUCAAACUUUCCUUAUACAUUACCAAGUGUACCAGAAAUGCCGAAAGUCAUCUAUGACACCACUGUCACUGUACGUUAUAGUGACAUGGAUCGAAAUCUUCAUGUAACUACACAUCGGUAUAUCCAAUUUUUUACCGAUUGUGCAACAGCGGCUGCCUUUUCUGGAUUUUACAAACAUUUCAACACCGAUAUGUGUUGGUACCCUGUGGAAAAGUUUGACAUCACAUUGAUGGGCGAAAGUAAAGUUGGAGACAAGUUACGUAUAUGCACGUGGCAGGACGAGGACAGUGUACAGACAAUAUACUUCAUUUGCUUCAAAGAACACAAAAGUGUUAUGAAAGCAGUAUGUGUCUAUGGGUUGAAUAGGAUUGCCCCAAAACUCCCCUCGUUUGAAUUGUAGAUGGUGGGACUUUAAGCUAAUCAUUUUAAACUUAGUUUAGAGUAUGGGCUAAAUGCGUUGCCAAAACCAGACACGACAAGAUAGCAACGGUUUGCAAAAUCUCUUCCAAACCUGUCACUUCUCAAUAAGAUUGUAGUUCAACAUAGAUGAAAACGAGGGCAAAA